AUGGCUGUGACCGAUAUCACAGAGGAUGACCUGGGUGAGAUGAUCCGCGAGGAGGCAGAGGACGUCUUCUACGAUGAUGGGGUGUCAUCCCGCGUCCCGGAGAUCAUGGCAGCGGGCAUCCAUUCUCCGGGAGGGCCCAAUGGCAUCAUCCGGAGUCAGUCGUUUGCCGGAUUCAGCACGCUACAAGAGAGACGCUCACGGUGUAACUCGUUCAUGGGGAACUCGGCGGUCCAGAGAAAGCCGCAGGCCAAGCCCAAGAAGCCCCACUUGUCGGGACACAAGGGGAGCAGCGGCACCAGAGAGCCGCAGCCCAAAAGACUGGAGGAGGUCUACAAUGCCCUCAAACAGGGCCUCGAUGAGUAUCUGGAGGUACACCAAACAGAGCUGGACAAACUCACCUCGCUGAUGAAGGACAUGAAGAGGAACUCCCGUUUGGGAGUCCUGUACGACCUUGACAAGCAAAUUAAGACCAUCGAGCGCUACAUGAGACGCCUGGAGUUUCACAUGAGCAAGGUGGAUGAACUGUAUGAAGCUUUCUGCAUCCAGAGCCGUCUGAGGGAGGGGGCGAGCCGGAUGAAGCAGGCCUUCUCCGCCUCUCCCUCCACCAAGGGAACCAAGGAGAGCAUCGCCGAGGUCAACCGCCGCUACAAAGAAUACACAGAGAACAUGAGCACAUUUGAGGGUGAACUGGAGAACCUGCUGGGGGAGUUUCACAUCAAAAUGAAAGGUCUGGCAGGUUUUGCGAGGCUUUGUCCAGGAGACCAGUAUGAGAUCUUCAUGCGGUAUGGUCGCCAGCGGUGGAAGUUGAAGGGGAAGAUCGAGGUGAACUCCAGACAGAGUUGGGAUGGGGAGGAGAUGGUUUUCAUGCCCCUUGUCGCCGAUCUCAUCAACAUCAAGGUGACAGAGCUGAAGGGUCUGGCCACUCACAUCCUGGUGGGCAGUGUGAUCUGUGAGACUAAGGAGCUUUUCACUGCCAUGCCUCAGGUGGUCGCUGUGGACGUCAACGACCUGGGCACCAUCAAACUCAACCUAGAGGUCACCUGGUUCCCCUUCGAUGUGGAGGACCUGACGCUGUCCUCUGGCAACGUCAGCAAGGCGACGGCCCUCCAAAGACGGGUGUCCAUCUACAGCCAGGGCACUCCAGAGACCCCCACCUUCCAGGACAACGCCUUCUUUUCCACCUUACCAGACGAUGUAUUCGAGAAUGGCGGCUGCAGCGUGACCGAGUGCAAGCGCCUCUCCUUCACCUUCUCUGACACCUCCGGCUCCACGUCCAGCCCCAGCCCCGGCCCUGGCAUCCUCUCUCUUGGUCUGUCCAACCCAGAGAUCACCGUCACACCCCCAGAAAUGGACCUGCCACCUUUGCAUCAAAUCCUCCCGACCAGAGAGGACUCCAUUGCGGAGGAGGAAAAUGUGGAGGAGGAAGAGGAGGAGGAAGUGGAGAUCGGAGAAACGGGUAGCAGGGGAAGUGCCAGCCUCGUCAGUGAUGAGGCUGACGUGGUGGACGACUCAGAGUGGGAACGCAGUCCAGUGAACGAGUCCCAGCAAAACUCAGCCGCCCCGUCGUUGUGUUCAGACAGCCACCUCUCCACGGUGGCCCCCGAGGAUGUCUUCCUAGACAACGCUGAUGAGCUGAAGCCUGUGGAGUUGGACACAGAGGAGGCCGGCAGUCUGACCAGGCAGCUGGUGCGGAGACUGACCUCCUCAGACAUGGGACCCCACAGCAGGGAGUGCUCUACAGGUGGAGGAGAAGGAGUGGGGGGAGGAGGGAGUGGGAGCCUGAGCUGGGCCGGGGAGGGCAGCAGGGCCUUCCUAGAGAGCAGCCUGGAGGAGGCAAUCCAGAACCUACUGAUGAGGUUAGAGUCGCUGACUCAGCGCUGCCGGGAGCUGCAGGACCUGGAACAGGAAGUGAUGCGGCUGGAGGACCUGCUCAAGUGUCGCCUGCCGGGCCACAGGAGCCGGUCGUCCAGCCUCAGUCUGACGGUGGAGAGCGCCCUGGAGAGCUUCGACUUCCUCAACACUUCCGACUUCGACGAUGAAGACACGGGAGACGACAACACCGUCCUCUCCGCCCCCCAGCAGAGGUCUCCUCUCUUCGAUAUGGAGGGAGACCGGAUCGGGGGCCAGCAUCCAGAGGCCAGGGGCCACCUCAGCGAGGCCCUGACAGAGGACACCGGUGUGGGAAACAGUGUCGCUGGCAGCCCCCUCCCCCUAACCACUGGAAACGAAAACCUGGAUGUGGCGAUCGUCAUUCACCUGCAGUACUGUGACCACCUCAUCCAGCUGCUGAUCAGCGUGGGCAGUGGCUGGCAGCGGUGCGGCCUCCUGCAGAAGCUCUGCGGUCAGACUCAGCUGUUGGAGGAGCUGGGAGAGAUCAGCAUGGACCGACUGGGAGCCAUCACAUCUGCUGCUGAUGUUCUUCCAGGUCUGGCGGAGCGUCCGGGGCUGAUGACUCUGUGGUCGGACUGCAGCGGGUCGGCCGGUCUGUUUCACACCACGCUGGACCGCGUGUUCAAACACAUGAACCGACACUACAUGCCAACGCUGCAGGACGGGCACCCGCACACGGCUGACACAGUGAUCAGUGUGGUGGUGGGGGAGAUGGUGGACCGGAGUGACCUGGUGUCAGCGGCGUGUCCUCCCAGCCCGCUGGCCUCGGCCUUCUCCCAGGACGUCCUGACCGUCUUUCAGUUCCACAGCUACGUCCUGCAGCACGGCAUCCAGGACAUGGAGACUCACCUGCUGCACCUGGCCAGAGAAGGUGUAUUUGCAGAGGCCCUGACCAGUGGAGACUCUACUCGGUGUCUGUCGGAGCUACAGGCUGUGUCUGUCUCCUCCUUAUGGCCCAGAGCCUCCACGCUGAGGGUUCUGGCCUCCCUGCUCACCAGGGAGGACCCCCAGAUCAACAGGGCAGCAGUCGACUACCUCUCCUCUGCCGUCACCCACUCCCACUUCAGGAAUAAGGCAAUAGAGUGCUACACCCAGGCGCUGUCAGAGGCCAGUGUUCUGAGUCAAAGGGCUGCCUGCGCCGCUCUCAGCUGCCUGCAGGCAGUAGAGAGCAUCAGGGCUGUGGUAUCUCUAUGUGAGUCAGCGGAUGAGGAGCUGCGUCAUGUAGCCAUCGAGACCCUGCUUACGUUCGGUGAGGAGGGGCGUCUGGCAUACGAACAACUGGACACCGUGCCGGGGGAAAUUAUCCAUCUGGGUACGCGGCGUGGCAACGCUGUCACUACUGCCUUCUGA